GAAAAGGGGAAGUGGGCCUGGGCUCUGGCCACAACCUCAGCGGAGUAAUCUCGAACAGUGCGGCGGCGGCGCUGUGGGCGGAAGUCCUGCGGUCACGGCCCCCCAGGCUGCAGGCCCUGCCCGGAUGGGGCCCCUCCGCUGCCUUCUGACUGCCGCGCUGCUCCUGGCCCUGGCGGCGCCGCGGGAGGCCUCCCAGCGCUGCGGCCGCCUCGAGUACUGGAACCCUGACAACCAGUGCUGCGGCAGUUGCCUGCAGCGCUUCGGGCCGCCCCCCUGCCCGGACCAGGAGUUUUCAGAAAACUGCGGGCUCAAUGACUUUGGCGAUCACGUAACGCACCCCUUCCAAGAGUGUCCUCCUGGGCAGUGCAACUCCGACAGCGCGGAGCUAUGUAGCCCCUGUGGCGGUGGAGCCACGGCCCCUACUCCCGCCGGGAGGCGCGGCGGACCCCGGCGGCGCUGCAGAGAGAAGCCCGUCCCUACCAAGGAGCUCUGCCUCCUGACGCCUGGAAAACCGAGCGUCCUUAGCUCCCAGGAGCCCAGCUCACCGGCGAUUUCCAGUCACCCGUGGACGUCUGAGCGCAACGUCCCUCAGCAGGCCUUGCCGAGUUUUGCCCUGCCCCUGGUGAUGGUUCUGCUCCUGACCUCCACAGCAAUCCUCCUGCUCGCCCUGCAAAGGCACUGCCGCCGCCGCCAGGGGAAAGCUCGCCUCCACCCCUAUCCUGGCUUGGUUUGCAGCGACCCCACCACCCACACCCUCUCCUCCUUGCACUCCUCAUCUCCAGGCUCCCUGGAGGCAUCAGAGGCAGGGGACUCAUGGAAGAGGGUGUCUCUGCUUCCACUCCUGGGCAGGGAACUGCCGAGUCUGGCGUCGCAGCCCCUGUCUCGCCUCCUGGAUGAGCUGGAGGUGCUGGAGGAGCUGAUUGUGCUGCUGGAUCCUGAGCCUGGGCCAGGUGGGGGGAUGGCCUGUGGCACCACUCGACACCUGGCUGCAAGAUAUGGACUGCCCGCUGCCUGGUCCACCUUUGCCUACUCACUGCGACCCAGUCGCUCACCUCUGCGGGCCCUGAUCGAGAUGGUGGUUGCGAGGGAACCCUCUGCCUCUCUGGGCCAGCUUGGCACACACCUGGCCCAGCUAGGGCGGGCAGAUGCCCUGCGGGUGCUGUCCAAGCUUGGCUGAUCUGAGGUUUGUCCAGCCUAGUACUCAACAAAAAUAAAGUUUCCCUUGAAAUAAGUGCCUGCUGUCUCUGAGCUUCAACUAAGUGGCCCUCUUAAAAUAGAAUCUUAAUCGGGCCAAGACCCACCAGACAUUCUCUCAUUCCUCUCCCCACCAGAAAAAGGGCCCAUUCCACCAUACACAUAAGACCAGAUAUGGGCGAGUUGGCCUUUAGUGCCUCUGGGCAACCAGGAUCUCCUCUGAGAAAUACUCCUGCUACCCCUGGGAGAAGUCAUCUACAGGGAGCCAGCAGGGUUCUAACUUACAAUAUGUAGAACAUUUGUUGCUCUGAAGCCUGAACAGACCCCACAAUUCACUAAUUUGAGACUGAUGGACUUCCCUGGCUCAGGAUGGGUGUGAGGCACAGAGAAACAGAAGCUCCUACCUGCCCCCAGCACCACACAAACAGGAAGACCACCUCUCCAAACAU